GUUUUGAAGUGUUGCGCAUCGAUCAGGUGGCGCCCAAACAGGGUGACUUGUGCACACAGUGGGACGGGUGUGGUCACGGCUGUUUAAUAAAUAAAGGAAUGGGGGGGACAUGAGGCAGAGAGAGACGGACAGGGAGUCGAGGUACAGACCUCAGAGGCAGAAGGGAUUUGUAGCUCUUUCAAGAACCUUUUCAUCGAGCCACAGUCUCCCUCCCCAGAACGUGUAACCAAUUUCGUUAUGAAUGAUAAUUGGGCAAAUGGUCCCACCUAUGACAACAUCGGGUUCCGCCAUGACGAAGGGAGACCCCCUCCUACGACCCCUCAGCAGGGUAUGUACCCUCACCGCAUACAAGCGACCCCCAGCUACGUCGCCGCGCCUCCCAAAACCAUCAACACCCACCACACCGUGACGCCUGGACUUAACCCUGACCCGCGCCCCACGGGCCCAAAGACAGGAACAAGGAAAUGUCAGGGGAAAGAUAUUUUAAGUGCAUCACUGUUUGUGCUUCUCAUCCUGGCAAUUGCCGCCACGCUACUCUGGUACUUCUUGUACUACCAGUGUUUACUGGGAAGGUCGUGUGGCAACUGGGACAAGUGUUUGAGCUCCUCCCAGUGGUGUGACGGUGUAAAGGACUGUUCUCAUGGAGAGGAUGAGUCUCACUGCUUUCGCCUCCAUGGGAUCAACCUCAUGCUUCAGGGCUACUCAUCAGAGCGGGCGGCCUGGAUGCCGGUGUGUGCUGAAAACUGGGACAACGACUACGGGAGAGACUUGUGCGAGAUGAUGGGGCACAAGAGGCAGGAUUAUAAGUCCUCCACCCAAACCAGCGCAGGUUCUAUGGCCUCAAAGGGAUACAUGAAGCUGAAGACUCGAAGUAACCACGGAGCAGCUCUACAGUCGCUGCUCUCCUACAGCCAACAGUGCUCAGGCCCAGUAGUCAGGCUUCAAUGUCUUGCAUGCGGAGUGAGUUCAGCACCCCCCACUUCUCGCAUCGUGGGUGGAACGCAAGCAGCACAAGGGGCGUGGCCGUGGCAGGUCAGUCUGCAGAUCAACGGCAAACACGUUUGCGGAGGCUCCAUCAUCAGCCCUCACUGGAUCCUAUCGGCCGCGCACUGCUUCCAAACGUUCUCCUUUGCUGAAAUGUGGAAAGUACAGUCGGGCGAUGUGAGCUUGCGCCAGAUGAGCGUCCGCUCUGGCAAAAGAGUUAAAAAAAUUAUCAUGCACCCAAAGUUUAACAGGAAUACUAACGACAACGACAUCGCCCUGCUCAGGCUCAACUCGCCUCUCCAAAUCACAAGUACGGUGAUGCCAGUGUGUCUCCCCAACUCUGCCAUUGACCUGUCUGCUGGACGUGAAGCCUGGAUCACGGGAUGGGGAGCACUGCGCUCUUCCGGACCUUCUCCGGACCUCCUCAAUCAAGCAGCGGUCACCAUCUACAGCAGAAAGACCUGUAACAGGGCUCAUGUGUUGGAUGGAACGGUCACUGAGACCAUGAUCUGUGCCGGCAAGCUGCGGGGAGGAGUUGACACAUGUCAGGGGGACAGUGGAGGACCCCUGGUGGUCAAGCAGGGAGAUGUAUGGUGGCUGGCAGGGGACACUAGCUGGGGGAUCGGAUGUGCUCUCAGGAACAAGCCAGGAGUCUACGGCAAUGUCAGCCACUUCAUCAACUGGAUAUCUGAACAAAUGCAGAAUGAUUGACUGAGUUCUGGAUGAACCCAAAGACAAACCUUUUUCAUCAAUCAGCGGUACUUCCUCUAUCACACACUGUGCACUUUAAAUCUGAAACUUCAAUGUAUCAUUAUAUUAUUUUUAUAUAAUUCUUCUCAUUAGCACAGAUUGAAUGUUUGUAUCCGAAACAAAAAUCUAUCUAUUUAUUUGUUUUAAUAAAACAAAUGUUGCACUAUGA